AUGCGCAAUCGACGUGCUCAGGAAUUAUUAGAGCUCAUAACACAGCUUGGCCCGACCGCAAUCAAGGUUGGACAGGCCCUUUCGGUCCGCCCGGAUCUGAUAGCCCCCGAGUAUGCCAGUGCUUUGGCCACCUUGCAGGAUCGGGUGCCACCCUUUGACUGUACACGUGCCCAAGUCUUGUUGCGCGAACAGCUCGGAACGGAAAGGUAUGGACACUUAAAAGGAAUUGGUUUGGAAAAGAAUAAGCCGCCUGUUGCCUCUGCAUCGAUUGGGCAGGUCUAUCGUGGAUUUAUUGACGACAAGGAAGUAGCCAUCAAGGUACAACGACCCAAUGUACUUGCCGACAUUGCGCUCGAUCUUCACAUUGUUCGUGAAUUUUCCCCGCUGUAUCAAAAAGUUACAAAGACAAGUUCUGAUUUACAGUCGCUCGCCAAUGAAUGGGGCCGAGGGUUUAUAGCGGAAUUGGACUACCGGGAAGAAGCCCUCAAUACAAUUCGCUUCAACCAGGAAAUGCAAAAGCGCAAUCUGAACGCCGUGUGCUCUCCAGUUGUCGUGUCGGAUUACUCAACAGAGCAGGUGCUAGUAACUGAGUGGGUAGACGGGACGCGAUUAGACGAGAGUGAUGCUGACGAUGUACCUCGCUUGUGUUCCGUCGCCUUGAAUGCAUAUCUGGUCAUGUUGCUUGAGUUGCAGUCCUUGCACUGCGAUCCACAUCCCGGUAACUUGUUGCGGACUCGAGAUGGAAGGCUCUGCAUUCUCGAUUGGGGUAUGACGCUCGACAUCGAUCCAGAUCUCCAAUACUCCUUAUUAGAGUAUGUAGCUCAUUUGACAAGCGAGGACUACGAUAAGCUACCAGAAGACCUGGCCAAAUUGGGAUUCCUAAAGCCUGACAAGCUUGAGUUUGCUCGCCGCAGUGGAGUGCUAGAGCCCCUCAAAUACUUUUUGAAACAAGCUGGUCAAGGGGGUGGAGCCAAGGGCGUCCGAGAACGCAUCUUUGAAGACUACCGCUCGAAAUACCCCGAACUACAAAAUCAAAACCGUGAUAGUUUUCAAAUACCCGAGUGGUUUCUUUAUACGAGUCGUGCCUUCUUGACGCUAGAAGGUGUCAGUUUACAAGCAGACGAAAGCUUCAGUAUCAUCAAAGGCUGUUUUCCAUAUGUUGCAAAAAGAUUGGUUGCCGACGAAGACCCUCGAGCGCGCAAGGCGCUUCGUGAUUUGAUCUAUGGCGCAAGCGAUGCUGUAGAUGUAGACAGGCUUUCGGAUUUG